GCGGCCUUGACUUCCGGUGUCAGCCCACGCGCCGCCUCAGCCAUGGCCGCCAGCAGCAGCCUUCAGGCGUUACGCCAACAGGAGGAAGAUAUGGAGCUGCUAGAAGGAGGUCCUGUGAGCUCCAGUGAGGACGAGGCUGACGGCGAUGGAGGAAGGAAGCAUCAGAAACUCCUAGAGGCCAUCAGCUCCCUGGAUGGAAAAACCACCAGCUUCCGCCGCAGGCUGACGGAGCGGUCCGAGGCUAGCCUGCAGGUGUCCGAGUUCAGCGUCAGCUCCAAAGGAACCGGGGAAAAGCUUGCUCUCUCAGACCUGCUCGGGCCCAUUAAACCCUCCUCCUCUUUGGCCCCCGUGAAGAACCAGCUGAACAGAAUCAAAUCAGAGAAGACGGUGAAGGUGCCGCUCAGCAAAGAAAAGACUGAGCAGAUUCGCCGGGAAGUAGCAUACAAUAAAACCUCCAAAGACAUCACCAAAUGGGAUCCGAUCGUUUGGAAAAACCGGAGAGCCGAGCAGCUGGUGUUUCCCCUGAAUCAAGAGCAUCUGGUUAUAACCCCCAUCGAAGAGACCAUAGAUAGCUGGAAGCCCAGAACUCCCCUGGAGCAAGAGAUUUUUAGUGUCCUGAAUCAGCACAAGCAGCCCAAGACCGAUCCUUUGCUGACUCCUAUGGAGAAGGCGUCUUUCAAAGCCAUGAGCCUGGAGGAGGCGAUGCUGCGCCGAGCAGAGAUGCAGAAAGCCCGGGCCCUGCAGUCCUACUAUGAAGCCAGGGCCAGCAGAGAGAAGAAAAUCAAAAGCAAAAAUUUUCACAAAAUGCUGAGGAAAGGGAAGGCCAAGGAAGCUCUGAAGAAGUUUGAGGCACUGCGGAAGUCCGAUCCUGUGGCAGCCCUGGAAGAGCUGGAAAAAAUAGAGAAGGCCAGGAUGCAGGAACGAAUGAGUCUCAAGCAUCAGAACAGUGGGAAGUGGGCCAGGUCCAAAGCCAUCAUGGCCAAGUACGACCUCGAGGCUCGUAAAGCAAUGCAGGAGCAAUUAGCUAAGAACAAAGAACUGACAGUGAAAGUCCAGAAGGCUCCUGACAGUGAGGAGGAGGAGCAAGAACCCGAAGAGGACAGUAACCUCAUCCCAGAGAUGGUGAACGAGGUGCAGAUGAGUAUAGAUGGGCCAAACCCCUGGAUGCAAAGAACCCUCAGUAAGGACACAAAGGACGCGGCCGUCCCCGAAGAGCCCAAACCGCCCGCCCAGACCCCCACCCCGGCCCCGGCCCUCGAGGAAUCUGAGAGCGAGGAAGAAGAGCCAGGGGCAGAGGUAGAAUCGCUGUUGCGAGAAUUUCAACAGAAACGUUCCCACCGACAGUCCGUGGCCAGCAAGAAGGCACGGGAAAAGGGAGUGAAAGAUCCCUUCAGAGGAGAGGAAAAAGAGGUGUUGGCUCACCUGAAAGUCUUUUCUCAGAAAAUCGGUAGCCAGCAAGCUAAGGUGGCCAAAAAGCAACAAGCACCGGCCCCCCAAGCCGUGGCGGCCCCAGAAGAGACUGUCCAGUGUGAGGAGGGCCCACUGCUGGACGAACGACUAGACAGGGUGCAGAGGUUGGAGGACAUGGACAGGCUGGGCUCCGAGGAGCGAGUGGAAGAGGAGCCGCUCCUCAGACCCCCUCCGGGAGAAGGGGGGCAGGGGCAGGGGCCGAGGCCCCCAGCGGGAGUCCAGCCCCCGGGGAAGAAGCAGAAGAUCAUUAGCCUGAAGGCCAUGCUGGCGGUGAAAUCUCAGCCCGUGGAAUCCUUGGCAGCCCCCAUCAUGGUGCAGGAGGAGGAGGAGACGGGAGAGGAGGGAACUCAGAGGCAGAUGAUACGGGAAGCCUUCGCGGGAGACGACGUGGUUGCCGACUUCCUGAAGGAGAAGCACCAGGCCGAGGAAGCCGACAAGCCUCAGACUGUGGACCUGACCCUGCCUGGCUGGGGCGAGUGGGGGGGCGUGGGCCUGAAACCCAGCCAAAAGAAGAAGCGAAGAUUUCUCAUCAAACCCCCCGAGGGUUCCUCGAGAAAAGACCAACACCUUCCGAAUGUGAUUAUCAACGAAAAGCGCAACGUCCGGGCUGCAGCCCAUCAGGUAAAUCAGCUCCCCUUCCCGUUCAGUCACCACCAGCAGUUCGAGAAGACCAUCCAGACGCCCGUUGGCACCACCUGGAACACCCAGCGGGCCUUCCAGAAGCUGACCGCUCCCCGGGUCGUCACCAAGCAGGGCCACAUCAUCGAGCCCAUAAGUGCGGAAGAUGCCGGCCCCAAAGCCUCCUCACAGAAAGGCCGCUCCGACAUGAACCUGCGGCGGCGGGAGCCACGGAAGCAACACAGACGGUCGAAGAAAAAAAAGCCGUAGAUUGUACUGUCCAGGGGCGGCGUCCGGGUGCGCGGGGGCACAGAGAACUUCCUACUUUGCGCGAAGAGUAAAACGGUAGGACAUCAAAAGCCUAGAGGUCCUCCUUCCCUCUCUCCCGUCCCCGUCUAUAUAUUUCCAUUGGAUUGGCAGCACGGUGACCUGGGUCUGGGGAUUAGGUGUGCGUGCCUCUCCUCCUACACCCCCCCCCCACCCCCCCCCAGUUUCUCCUCUGGUCAUCUUCUGGGGUUCCAAGACCCACUCGGGGAGGCUUGGGGCAGCUCCAAAGCAGUGUCGAGUCUCUUUCGCCACUGCGUCGCGGGUUUCCGAAGGGUGGGCUUCUGUGAGCCUGAUGGAACCAUUCGCGGACUGAGGCCGUAUCAGAGGAUUCACUUCUAACUAGACUCCCCAGGCUCUACUCUCCGGUCCGCCCCGGAGAUCUCCGCACUCUCGAAGGCGGGGGAGAGCUCUCCCGGAGUCCGGGGGUUUGGCCGGCCGCGUCGGCAGACCCAGCACAGCUGCUGAGCAGACCGCGGCUCCGGAACGUGGCAGACGGUCUCGUGCCCGAAUUUUCCAGGAAAGGCCCGAGUGUGAUCCACGGGCUGCUUCUGUUUCGGCGGCCCUGGCCCGCUGGUCAAGUUGGCUGGGCGGCCGUAGCGUGUGCGGUGAUGCCACCUUCUGGAAGUGAAAGAAAUCUGCACAAAUAAUGACCGUGUGUGUCGGUUGCCGCUUGGCUUAUUUUUCAGCAUCCAAAAUGGCCUGUCCGUCACCCUCCCCCCGGCCCCCCCCCCGCGCACUUCGGAAAAACAGCCUUGUUCUCCGACGUCUGCCUGGCAUUUCGUUAAUCUGAACAGAGCGGAAAGCGAAAACUCCACUUCCGAAGUCUCAAAGUGACCUAUUUUAAGCUGAGACCCGACGCCUUUGACGGUCUGAAGGAUCGGGAACAAUGACAGAGGCGCGUUGCAUUUUCAGCUGGGAGAUCUAAAGCGAGGAAUAUAACUGGCAGAGAAUUCCGCACAACCGUUUCGGAGCUUCA